UUGACUCUUUGGGCAUUAUAGCCGAGAGCCGAGAUCCAGCGACAGCGACGACAAGUUUUCCGCGCACACGGAAAGUCAGAAAGUUAAUACCAAUAUUAUAUAUAUACAAAUCGGAAUUAUCGGACUAUAAACCCAUUUUCUGUGAAUACGCGUGUGAUUCGAUCGUGGCGAAAAUCCCAAAAGUUAUACACCAAACAAACAAGCAAAAAGUCGCGCUUAAACUUUUUCGAAAUUAAAUAAAACACACACACGAAUUUCAGCCACGAAGAGGAAGAGAAGGCUGAAAAAGCGAAAAAACUCGUGUGUGUGAGUGAGUAUCUGCAAGUGUGUGUAUGUGUGUGCAUCUGUGUGUGUCUCUCGGAGAGCGUGUGCUUUUUAUGUGUGUGUGCGAGCUGGAAUGAGACGCCAUCAAAGCUGAGCAGCGAAUAAUAAAAUGCAAAAUAAAAAUAGUGAUUAAUAACAGCAGCCAGAACCAGCAGCAACAACAAAUGCUAGUGCGGAAAAGCGCGUAAAAUAUAGUGGAAAAUACUCAACAAAACCAAAUUAGAGUUCGAAAACGCAAAUGCCAGGCAAAACGCCCCCGCAACGACCCGCCCUCUGCCCCCCAACUUUGCGCCCUUUAGUGUUCACCAGCAGCAGCCGCAGCAACUUUAUUAGCAGCAACAUUAACAACACUAGCAACUACAACAGCAGCAACAUGAGUAGCAGCAACAGCGAUUUGUUAAAGCCAAUGCCAGGCAAUUGUUAGGCCAAAAUGCACAAACACAAUCCAAAUAAACGACAACAACAACAGCUCCACAUACCACAAAGAGUGGCAUAUUAGAAGCGGCCCAAAGCAGCCAGCCAAGAGCAUUGUGCAAGCCAAAAAGGCCCAGAGAGCCAGGCUAAAAGCCCCAGACGCACAACAACAACAACAACAACAGCACAAAGAGUGGCGAAAGGUGCACCCACCAGCAAAACAGCAACAACGAGCCACAACAGCAGCAGCCACAUUUCAGUUCAGCUCCAGACUCCCAGCUUACAGACUCCCCGGACUCAAAACUCCAAGCUACCAACUCAAGAUCCAGCUCCAGUUCCACCAGAUCCACCUCUGUUCCAUCGUGCUCGAGUGCCAUAGAUCCUCACCAAGUGCCAAAAUCCGCAUCCUGAUCCCAGAGAGCUCAAGGCACCCGGCCCAAAAACUGAGCUGAGAACGAAACGAAGGAAGUUCCUUAGUGCCAUAGAAUGCGGUAAUUGAAACAACGACAACGAAGACGAAGAACAACCAUCCGGAAUCGGAGCUAAACUCGAACGAAACGAAAGAACCACGAAGUGCCUUCCAUCAAACCGUUGAUAAGUGAUAUUUAUUAUGUUUAUACUUGCCAGCAGCCGAGGCAGCAACAGCAAUAGCAACAACAGCCACCAGGGAUCGCGGCAUCGAUGAUCAGACCACGACCAAGUCCUAGUGCAAUCCGGAAUCCAGUUCAAACUAGUUCAGUAAGCCAUCGCAGCCACCACGAAUAAUGUCCACAUCCACCGCCACGACCAGCGUAAUCACGUCCAACGAGCUCUCGCUGUCCGGCCACGCCCACGGCCACGCCCACGGUCACGGGCACGCCCACACCCUGCACCAGCACGCCCACAGUCGCCUAGGAGUGGGCGUCGGAGUGGGAAUCCUCAGCGACGCCUCCCUCUCGCCCAUCCAGCAGGGCAGUGGUGGCGGAGGCGGCGGCGGCGGAGGAGGCGGAGGCGGAGGGGGCAACAACAACAGCUCGCCACUGGCGCCCAACGGAGUGCCGCUCCUGACCACGAUGCACCGAUCGCCGGACUCGCCGCAGCCGGAACUGGCCACCAUGACGAACGUGAACGUCCUGGACCUGCACACGGACAACUCCAAGUUGUACGACAAGGAGGCCGUGUUCAUCUACGAAACGCCCAAGGUGGUGAUGCCAGCGGACGGAGGCAGUAACUCGGACGAGGGCCAUGCCAUCGAUGCUCGGAUUGCGGCCCAAAUGGGCAACCAAGCCCAACAGCAACAGCAGCAGCAGCAGGCGGAGCACCAGCCGCUGGCCAAGAUCGAGUUCGAUGAGAACCAGAUUAUCCGCGUGGUGGGCCCGAAUGGGGAGCAGCAGCAGAUCAUCUCGCGGGAGAUCAUCAACGGAGAGCAUCACAUCCUGUCGCGCAACGAGGCUGGCGAGCACAUCCUCACCCGCAUCGUCAGCGAUCCCUCCAAGCUGAUGCCCAACGACAAUGCGGUGGCCACGGCCAUGUACAACCAGGCCCAGAAGAUGAACAACGACCACGGGCAGGCCGUCUACCAGACCUCGCCCCUCCCACUCGACGCCUCCGUGCUGCACUACAGCGGCGGCAACGAUGCGAAUGUGAUCAAGACGGAGGCGGACAUCUACGAGGACCACAAGAAGCACGCGGCUGCCGCGGCGGCGGCCGGGGGAUCCAUCAUCUACACCACCUCCGAUCCGAAUGGCGUGAAUGUGAAACAGCUGCCCCACUUAACGGUGCCCCAGAAACUCGAUCCGGACCUCUUCCAAGCCGACAAGCACAUAGAUCUGAUCUACAACGACGGCAGCAAGACGGUGAUCUACUCCACCACGGACCAGAAGGGCCUGGAGAUCUACUCGGGCGGCGACAUCGGCAGCCUGGUCUCCGAUGGCCAAGUGGUGGUCCAGGCGGGACUCCCCUACGCCACCGCCACGGGAGCCGGCGGACAGCCCGUCUACAUCGUGGCCGACGGUGCCUUGCCAGCGGGAGUCGAGGAGCAUCUGCAGAGCAGUGGAAAGCUCAAUGGCCAGACCACACCUAUCGAUGUCUCUGGCCUAUCGCAAAAUGAGAUUCAAGGCUUUCUGCUCGGCUCACACCCCUCGUCGUCGGCGACGGUCAGCACAACCGGCGUUGUCUCCACGACAACGAUCUCGCAUCACCAGCAGCAGCAGCAGCAACAGCAGCAGCAACAGCAGCAACAACAGCAGCAACAGCAACACCAGCAGCAACAUCCCGGCGAUAUUGUUAGUGCCGCUGGCGUGGGGAGCGCGGGCUCAAUUGUCUCCUCGGCGGUGCAGCAGCAGCAGCAGCAACUAAUUAGCAUCAAGCGAGAGCCCGAAGACUUGCGCAAGGAUCCCAAGAAUGGCAACAUUGCCGGUGCAGCAACAGCAAAUGGACCGGGUUCGGUCAUAACGCAGAAGAUCUUGCACGUGGAUGCAGCAACGGCAAGUGAAGCUGAUAGGCCCAGCACACCCAGCACACCGAGCAGCACCACCAGCAGCACUGAAUCGGAGCCAGGAUCAGGAUCGGGAUCAGGAUCGCCGGGAGCCAGGAGCACAGCCACCAGACUUGAGAUGUACGCGACCACGGGCGGCACACAGAUCUACCUACAGACCACACACCCCAGCACGGCGAGCGGAGCGGGCGGUGGUGCUGGGCCCGCUGGAGGCGCCGGCGGCGGCGGGGGCGUGUCCAUGCAGGCGCAGAGCCCCAGUCCGGGCCCCUACAUCACGGCCAACGACUACGGCAUGUACACGGCCAGCCGCCUGCCACCCGGUCCCCCGCCCACCAGCACCACCACCUUCAUAGCGGAGCCCUCCUACUACCGCGAGUACUUCGCACCGGACGGCCAAGGCGGCUACGUUCCGGCCAGCACGAGGUCCUUGUACGGCGACGUCGACGUGUCCGUGUCGCAGCCCGGCGGAGUGGUCACCUACGAGGGCCGCUUCGCCGGCAGCGUUCCCCCGCCCGCCACCACCACCGUGCUCACCAGCGUGCACCACCACCAGCAGCAACAGCAGCAACAGCAGCAGCAACAGCAGCAGCAGCAGCAACAGCACCAUCAGCAGCAGCAACACCAUCCGCAGGACGGCAAGAGCAACGGCGGAGCCACGCCCCUCUACGCCAAGGCCAUCACGGCGGCGGGUCUCACGGUGGACCUGCCCAGUCCGGAUUCGGGCAUCGGGACGGACGCCAUCACGCCGCGGGAUCAGACCAAUAUCCAACAGUCCUUCGAUUACACGGAGCUGUGUCAGCCGGGCACUUUGAUCGAUGCCAAUGGCAGCAUACCCGUGAGCGUGAACAGCAUCCAGCAAAGGACCGUGGUCCACGGCAGCCAGAACAGCCCCACCACUUCGCUGGUGGACACGAGCACCAAUGGAUCCACGCGAUCGCGGCCCUGGCACGACUUUGGCCGCCAGAAUGAUGCCGACAAAAUACAAAUACCAAAAAUCUUCACAAACGUGGGCUUCCGAUAUAACCUGGAGAGCCCCAUCAGCUCAUCGCAGAGGCGCGAGGACGAUCGCAUCACCUACAUCAACAAGGGUCAGUUCUACGGAAUUACGCUGGAGUAUGUGCACGAUGCGGAAAAGCCCAUCAAGAACACCACCGUCAAGAGUGUGAUCAUGCUAAUGUUCCGCGAGGAGAAGAGCCCCGAAGAUGAGAUCAAGGCCUGGCAAUUCUGGCACAGUCGUCAGCAUUCCGUGAAGCAGAGAAUCUUGGAUGCAGAUACGAAGAACUCGGUUGGCCUCGUUGGCUGCAUCGAGGAAGUGUCGCACAAUGCCAUCGCCGUCUACUGGAAUCCGCUGGAGAGCUCCGCCAAGAUCAACAUUGCGGUUCAGUGCUUGAGCACGGAUUUCAGCAGUCAAAAGGGAGUUAAGGGCCUGCCGCUGCACGUACAAAUCGACACAUUCGAGGACCCCAGAGAUGCGACGGUCUUCCACCGCGGCUACUGUCAGAUAAAGGUCUUCUGCGAUAAGGGUGCCGAGCGCAAGACGCGCGACGAGGAGCGACGGGCCGCCAAGCGAAAGAUGACCGCUACGGGCAGAAAGAAGCUGGACGAGCUGUACCAUCCGGUGACGGAUCGGUCCGAGUUCUACGGCAUGCAGGACUUCGCCAAGCCGCCGGUGCUGUUCUCGCCUGCGGAGGACAUGGAGAAGAGCUUCUACGGCCAUGAGACUGACUCGCCGGACCUGAAGGGGGCCUCGCCGUUCCUGCUCCACGGCCAGAAGGUGGCCACGCCGACGCUCAAGUUCCACAACCACUUUCCGCCCGACAUGCAGACCGAUAAGAAGGACCACAUACUGGACCAGAACAUGCUGAGCAGCACACCCCUGACCGACUUUGGUCCGCCGAUGAAGCGCGGCAGGAUGACGCCGCCCACCUCGGAGCGUGUGAUGUUGUAUGUGCGGCAGGAGAACGAGGAAGUGUACACGCCCCUCCACGUGGUGCCGCCCACCACGAUCGGCCUGCUGAAUGCGAUUGAAAACAAAUACAAAAUCUCAACAACGAGCAUAAAUAACAUUUAUCGCACAAACAAGAAGGGGAUUACUGCGAAAAUUGACGAUGACAUGAUAUCGUUCUACUGCAACGAGGACAUCUUCCUGCUGGAGGUGCAACAGAUCGAGGACGACCUGUACGAUGUGACGCUCACGGAGCUGCCCAACCAGUAGCCCUGGCAGUACGGGUAGCUCCCAGUGCAACACACUCAAAAUACACAAAACACGGACACAAGAUGUUGUUUCAAUAAGCCAUUUUCCAUAGAGCCUAAGUCUAAUAUCGUAGUUGUAAUGGGACCCGAAACAAAUCGUGGCAUUGACACACACACACACACCCGAGUUGCUAAGGAAGUUGAAAGCUAACACAAUACUUAUGUAAAAUGAUAUACACUUAAAUUCGAUUUAGUUAUUUAGCAACAAUGAGAUUAUCUAAAAUUUUUUGAUCAAAUUUUACAUUCUCGCUAUGUCUAUAGAUACUUGUAAGCCCUAAUCGUAAUCGUAGUACCGUGUACUUAUGCGCAUAUGUCCCCCAUAAAUGGUAUGUGUGCGGAGUGCAACAGUGUCUGUCCAGUAGGAAAUAAGUCUCGUUUCCGCUCCCCUGCUUACGCUAUGACCUUAGGUCCAGGGCAAGUAUGAGUUACAGAAUCUAUCUAUUAGGUGUAUCUAACGGAACCAUUAGCUCUACACGAAAUCUAGACGUAGCCCGUAGUACUGUAAUCAUUUUGUAUGUUCGGCUUAAGCGUUUUACUUGUUGAAUAUAAAUUGUAAAAUUAUUUUUGAAAAACCCACACAAAACACAAAUCGUUUGUUCUAUAUUUCUGUUUCGAAACUAACUCGUUACCCCUUUUUCCCCACACAAUCCUCUCUGUUAUGUAUAAUUAGGAUCUCUGUACACAAAAACAUAAGGAUGAAAACUUUCACGAAUGAGAAAUUGGUAAAAAGUAAUUACCCUUUAAUCUAGAUAUACACCUAGAGAUAAGAACACUCUGCAAUAAAACAUGUUGAUAAAAAUCGUAAUUAAGUCCAAGCUAAGGCAAAAACAAAAUCGAAAAAAAAAACAACUUUAAAAACAUUUGUGUGCAUUUGUUGAAAAACAAAAAAAUAUCUAAUGAACAAUAAUCAGCCGAGAAAGUUGAUUCAAAACUAAACAAUUAAAUCAAGAAUCGAAAAACAACGGUAGCACCCAUAAACGAUCGCAACAUUCGUAUGAAUAUAUAGACACAGAUAUAUAUGAUAUGUAUAGGGAUAACACGUCGCAUAGCUCGAAUGCGUUUACAAUCUUUGUUUGCCAUAAUUAACAGUUUAAUUUAAUUAACGAAAUGUUUUGUGUACAAUGUUAUUUGAAUUCAAGCAGAGACUUCACCGCGAGAUUUGCUUGGAACUACGAAUACUCCGCAUCGAUUGCUACAAUUUUGAACAGUACGAGUUCAAUGCUCAAUAUUAUUAUUAAUUGUUUAUUAAUUGUAAUCCCUUCUUAACUUCUACGCCCCCUCACCCCUUAAUAAUGCUCUAUGCUCUAUGUCUCUUGUCGCGUAACUUUUUGUGAGGGGGAAACCCAUUUUCCACUUGACAUUUCCGGUGUUGUACAUCACAAUUUGUUUUUAAUUUUAGCCCUUAGUUAUAAUUGUACUAUUCAAGAUUACACAAUAUUAUGAUAUGAAAUGAGAAGACAUAAGAUAUCAGAGGAUAUGAAAUGAUGAUGAUGAAUCGAAAAUCUUGCCGGCAUGUUAUAAUUCUUUACGUUUAGUUAUCGUAACCCUUAAGUUCUACGCUCUUUCUAUAUAUUGUAUACACAAAACAUACACAUAUAUUUUAAAAGCCAAUAAUUUAUUUUUUGUUACUGUUGGAAAACAAUUCCGCGAAAAAUAGAAAAGCGAAAAAAUACAAAAAAAUCGUGAAAAUGCAACUGAGAACAAGUGACACUCCAUCGUGUGAGAAGUGCAUGUCCAACUUGAGAAAUUAUAAAAAGAGACAAACAAACAAAAUAAAACAAAUUGUACAAUAUAAUUAUAAUGAAUACACAACAUUUAAAUAAAGAACAAAAAGUAA